UGCUCUCUUGAUUUACUGCUACAGCUACCUAUACAAUACCUUUUCCUAUCAUAUUCCAGGAAACACUGGCUACAAAGAUGCAAGAAUUCACCAGCGGAAUCCUUUUUUAUAUAUGACCAGUACAUGAAAAGAUUGCGAAUACGGGUGGAGGGAGAAUAUCCAAUGAAACCAAAACUAUGUCGCAAACUGAAGAAAGAUAUAUUAGACCUUCGAACCGUAAAACUACGACCUUUUAUUUAUCAAUAUAUAGUAAGGGAUACGACAAUAAAUGCAAAUCAACAAAAUAAUACAUGUCUCAAUAAGGCAUUAACGGAAACAACAUCAUGGAAGACAUUCUCACCAGUAACAUACAGGGCUAUUCAAGAAACGCAGACACCAAUAAUAAGCGGUACCUGUAAUCAAAAAGGAUUCAAAAGAUUCUGGAGCUUACCAAUAUUACUACCGGCUAGAAUCUGUGGUAUAAAAUACUAUCAAGGAAAUUACCAACAUCAAAAUACCUAA